AUUGUAUCAUCGUAUAUUCUAACCCAUCGUAUAUUGUCUCUUCUUUCAAUAUAUCCCCACCAUCCAUCCAUCCAUCCACACUAUCACACUAUCACACUAAAGUCUCAUAAUCGUUAAUUACUCCUAAUUAAGCGAUUAGGGGCACACAAUACACAGUAAAAUUAAAAGAAAAAAAAAGAACAACAAACAAAAACAAAUCAAAAAAUAAACAAUUCCACAAAAGUUACAUCACAAGAUUUUUAUCCCUUACCAGUUUUUAAUUUUAUUUUAAUUUAAUUUAAUUUAACAUAAUUUCAACUUAUCCACCACAAUUGGUCUUAUCCAUCCAUCUUUAUCCUUCACUGACAAAGUAAUACAUCGUCAUAAUCAUCAUAAUCAUCAUCAUUCACAAUGGCCGCCACUAAAGAUUCAGCUUAUGUGACUCUUUUAACCAAUGAAUCCUAUUUACCAGGGGCUUUAACGUUAGGUAAAAAAUUAAAAACUGAUUUGAAAACAACCUACAAAUUAAUCAUCUUAUUAGAUCAAUCAGCUUUAUCUGAUCAUUCCUUAGAUUUAAUUAAAGAUGUUUAUGAUGAAAUCAUCCCUAUUGAUGAUAAAUUAAUUAAUGCCCCCUUGGAAAAAGUUUUACAAAAAUUAGGUCGGGAAGAAUUAUCCAUUACAUUUUCAAAACUUUUAUUAUGGAAUCAACAUAAAUAUGAAACUUUGAUUUAUCUUGAUAGUGAUACUUUACCUUUAAAACCUUUGGAUUCAUUAUUUGAUACUUUUCAACAUUUAAAAUCGGAUCAAAUUGUCGCCAGUCCUGAUUCAGGUUGGCCUGAUAUCUUUAAUUCAGGGGUAUUAAUUUUAAAACCUGAUCCAACCAUUUUUAAUAAAUUAAUUGAAUUUUCUUCAACUGAAAAUAGUACUUUUGAUGGAGCUGAUCAAGGUUUAUUAAAUGAAUUCUUUAAUAUUUCUUCUUCAGGUUUAAAUUGGUUAAAAUUACCUUAUUUAUUUAAUGUAACUCCAAAUUAUACAAAUGCUUAUCAAUAUUAUCCUGCUUUAUUAAGAUUCUUUGAUAAUAUUCAUUUAUUACAUUAUAUUGGUGCUUCAAAACCAUGGCAUGCUCCUGAUAUCUUAAGUUCUGAUUUAAAUAAUUUUCAUAAUUUUUGGUGGGCUGAUUUUAAUAAAUUUUAUACCACUGAUAUUAAAACAAAAUUAUUAAGUUUACCAAAAGGUGAAGCUUAUAAUUUAAAAUUUGGAAAAUAUUCAAAUGUUUGGGAUACUGGUAUCGAUCCAAACUUUAUUACUAACUUACCUUCAAUUGCUCCAACUUCAAUUCCUACUUCAAAUCCUCCAAUUUUCCCUUGGGAACAUAAAGAAGAAAGACAACCAACUAGAACUUUUUCUGAAUCAAAUGAUCCUCCUGCUUAUUUAGAAUCAACUUCAACUCCUUCAGAAAUUGAAACUUUAUCAUCAUCAUUAUCAAGUUCAAAAAUUUCCAAAGAUAAUAUUAAAUCUCCACCAUUAUCUCAAAGUUAUGGCUUUGAUAAAUCAAGUCAAAAUAAAUCAUUUAAUCCAGAAAAAUCUUUAGAUGAAGUUUCAAAACUUCCUCUUAAAUUCUUAAGUAAACAUAAACAACAAAAAGAUGAAAAAUAGGUAAAGUUUGUUUGUCAUUAAUUAAAUUCUGUAAUUGUUUUAUUAGAAGUUAUCAAUUGUUUGUUUUGUUUUAUUCUUUUUUAUAUAUCCUUCCUUUGUCUUAUUUUUGUUUAUUUAUUAGUUGUUUAAUGACAUAUACUCCUUAAUAUUAUUACCUGUUUUGUUUAAUUAAUUUAUAUACCUACCUAUUUAGAUAUUUUGUUUUAAUAAAUACACAUAUAUAUACAUAGAUCAUCCCUAAAAGAGAAAGUAAAAAACUAUCAAAUUGGGAUAUAAAAAUUGCAAAAAUAAGAGGUGUGAAAGUCACUGCCGGUCCCAGGAAUCGAACCUGGGUCUCAACGGCCACAACGAUGCGUACUUACCACUAUACUAGACCGGCGAUUUUCAUGUCGGAAAAUAUUUCCACUUUCUCAUAAUCUGUUGAGUGGUAUCACGUGAUUGAAAAAAUUAAAAAAAAUAAAUAAAAAAUAUUUAUUACUAAUUUU